GCAAGAUGUCCAAGAGAACGAUAGAACAAGUCGAGAUGGAGCCGUCGACCUCUGCCACCGCCUCCCCUGCGCCUGAGGGAGUGCAGCUGCUGAAAGUCCCCCAAAAACGGUUCUACAGACAACGUGCGCACGCCAACGUCUUUAUCGACCACGAGCUCGAAUAGUACCUCUCCUCUUCCCCUAAUGGAACGCAAGAGCUAAGAGCGCGUAGCCCGAAGAACCCGGAACGUAUGGACUGGUCCACCCACUACCCCGCCUAUUACCCAGCCCCCAACGACGACGGGUCUAUCCCAAGCAAUAGCGAACUCGGGGGAAAGAAGGUGGAGUGGGCUGAUGUGGGAUGUGGGUUUGGGGGGCUGUUGAUGGCGCUGGCGCCAAUGUUUCCGGAGAAAUUGAUGCUCGGUAUGGAAAUCCGAACAAGCGUCACCAAAUACGUGACCGACCGCAUCGCCGCCACCCGCCAAGUCCAACAACUCCUCCCACAAGACUCGGCAGAGAAGAAGGAGGGGGGGUACCAGAAUGUGUCGGUCAUCAAGGCGAAUAGUAUGAAGCAUAUGCCGAAUUUCUUUGCAAAGGGACAGCUCGAAAAGAUGUUUUUCCUCUUCCCCGACCCGCAUUUCAAGGCGCGUAAGCAGAAAGCUCGGAUCAUCACACCGGCGUUAUUAGCAGAGUACGCGUACGUCCUCCGGCCUGGGGGCAUUUUGUAUACCGUCACGGACGUUAAAGAUCUCCACGACUGGAUGGCCCACCACCUCCUCGCCCACCCCCUCUUCACGCCCAUCCCGAAUGAAGACUUGAAAGACGAUCCGAUACUCGAAGCGGCGAGGACGAGCACGGAGGAGGGGCAGAAGGUGGAGAGGAAUGGGGGGGAGAAGUGGGUGGCUUGUUUUCUGAGGAGGGAGGAUCCGGAGGAAUGAGGAGUGAUUAGAUUAGGGUGAGGUUUGUUUGGUUUCCUGGGAGAUGUACAGUACGAGUAUGUUUUUCGUAUACAUGUGCGUCCGGACAG